UUGAUUGGAAAGAUAAUUCAGAAAACAACAUCGGAUUGUAAAGGAACAUCAAGAACUGGGAAGGAUGCAAUUAAUGUGGAACAUCACGGCAGAGGGUGAUUUCGAAUACAAUAUAUUUUGUUUAAACGAUGAACUCAUUUCAGAAAUCCAAAACUUCAAAUAAAAAAGGAAGAAAAGGAUUACUGUAUCUACAUUACAGUACUUAUUUCAAUAAAUUUCACAAAUGUUGAUCUCUUGAAGCUUCGGAAGGCUAACACCCGAAUUUGAUUGCCAAGUCAGGACAAAAUUCAAUCCAUGUGGAACUUCAGAUUGAAGGUAUAUUUUCAAUGUUCAUUACAGAAAUUACUCUGAAACUGCAAUAUUUUAGAAACAUAUUUGACCCAACAAGACAAUGAAAAACUCAAAUAUGAAUUCGGAAAUAUUGUUGGAACUUCGCAUCAAACCGAGAAAGCAGUAACGAAUAACGUCUAUAAAAAUGAGCAAAGGUUAGUUUUUUAUCAAUUUUUUCUUGGAUAACACAUAACCAUUGUGGUUUUUUUCCAACAUAAAAACGAAUUUCACCCUGUCAAAAACAUUCUGGGUCAACCAAUUCAUUUUGCAGAUAUAGUUACUGUAUCUACACUACAGUACUAUCAACAUACAACUGUCAAUUUAUCGAAAUCAUGGAUUUCAUCCAGAACUUUUUCGUUUUGUGUAUGAGUGAAAUAAGAUUUUUUCAAAAUUUUUGAAUAGAAUAAAUUUUUAUCGAUAAUUUACUGUUUUUUUUUGUUUCAGAAUGAUAUUAUAGUCGAAAAUUAGAAUAAAAAAUGUAUGAAUUUCAGAAAAUUUCGAAACUUCUGAAGUUAUAGCUCGAUACUUUGAUGACCUUGAAGCUAAGUGAAUUUAAAUUAAACAUUGCAGAUGUUUUUUCCUGAUUUUCAGAGCACGUUGCGGUGCAUUUUUUUGAUGUAAAAAUUUAGUGAACUGGUUACACCUUACCUUCAAAAUUGUAUUCCAAGUAGCAAAAACUAAUGAAAUGUUCCAUAAUUUUGACUAUCAUCCAAUAUAAAUUGUUCAACUUUACCACAUUUUCCUAAAUUUUCAAGAUUCACCAAGAUAAUCAAAAUAUUCACAAAAAUAAAAUAUUUAUUAGUUGAAAACGUAUCAAAACAAAGAUCGAGGUCUUUUGAAAAAUAACUUCGAGUGCGGUUGAUCUCUUCCUCGGAUUUACUCGAAUUCGUUACGUGGCGCGUCGCAAAUGGAUUAAUGGUGCUGCCCAUUCGGUUCGGUGCAAUAUCUGCAUGGUUUUGAUUUGCAUUUCGUAUGCUUAUUGUUAGGUAGGCAACAUAUCAAACAUCGGUUCAUUUUCUUCAAGUCCAUUUCCCUUUGAUAAGGGUUGCUGACCCUUCAGCACUCAUCCGAAAAAUGCUUUUCUCUACUGGUUUACUCCUGUUCUUCCGCCUACUAUUUGGAUUGUUUAGUAUAUAUAAUUGAGUUACUCAUAUUAUUGAGUUUUGUAAUGGUCGAAAAACAUAUCAAAAUAACACGCCCAUGUAAAUCCUAGUGAUGUUGAGAUCUGCUCAAUUUAAAUUCAUUGUAGAAGUACUGUAAUUUAGAUACAGUAAUGACCUGAAAAAUAAUUGUCAAGAUAUUAUAUUUUUUGAAAAAUAAAAGAACUAACCUUUUUCCAAAAUAAUUUUCAUGAAAAAAUUUCAAUCAUCAUAAAAUUGUUGUCAAUUUCCAUAUUUUGCAUGGCCACAUUUCAGCAUAUAUUCAACAUUAAUUUAUUGUAGAAGUACUGUAGUUUAGAUACAGUAAUUUCCUGGAAAAAUAUCAAUAAUAUAAUUGAGAUAGGAAAGUAGACAAAAUGACAAAAUUCAAAAAAAGAAAAAAAGUUUAGAAAAAAAUCAAAUUUAUUGAUUUUUUUUUGGUGGCGCCCAUUUCGUCGCACCACCACUCCUAUAACAAACAAUGUUCCUUUAAUAUUCUUUUUCUCUGUGUUUGUUGCAUUCGAAAGUUUUCUACUUCUGAUUAAUAAAAAAUGGCCUAAAUUCUGUUAAGCUGGUAAGUUGAAAAAAUCUUUUAAAAAAAUUUUAACUUUGUUUUUUAGGCUUGUGAAUCGCGCUGGAAUUCCAAGAAAAUGA